GUGAUUAUGAGUGAUGAUGGACAUAAUACCAGUAUUAAUCACUUCCGAGGGGGAGACUGUGUGAUGAGGAGGAACUCAAGAGAGGACAAAGACAAGAAACCGUGGACAUUAGCGGCAGGAAAAACGUGGCGAGAGGUUUUCAGGAGUCACGUUAUUAUUGAAAGGGGUGAGAGAGAGGAGAGAGAGAGAGAGAGAGAGGAGAGAGAGGAGAGGGAAAGGAGACGGCGCGAUAACAGCGUUUGUCCUUCUUGGAGUCAGUUUGGUGACCGGCUGACGGGCAAGGCGAGCGACGGACGAAGAAACUUGAGACAAUCGCACCGAGAUCCGACAUCCAGAGGGUGUUCAACCCUCCGUGGGAAACUGAAUGAGACGGUUCGCGAGAGGAGCGGGGAAAAAGCAGCAGAGAGAGGCUUGGUGAGAUAGAGGAAGAUAUUAGGCAGCGUGAAAAAAAGAAGAGAGAAGCCGUGACUGACACCUGCCCUCCAGCUCAGUGUGAAGGGCACAGAAUGGGAAAGUGAGAGGAGGGGCAUGAAGAGAGGGAAAACAGAAGAGAGAAUGAAGACAACCGGAAAACAAGAUCUGCCUCACAGCAAACCUUCCUCAAAUUAGGACAUCUCACCACAAGACAAGAUGAUUACAAGAAAUCUGCUUCUAUUGGUUUCCCUUUGCCUGUGGGAGGGGCUUGUCAGAGGUGCCUCGGCCAGUAAGAUCGUACGGAGGAGGGGAGUGGGCGGAUCGCACACGGUGAAGCUAGGGGAGAGCCGAACCGUCGACCAGUGGGAUGCGAGUGUGGAUUCGAAUGCGAUGCCUGUGGUGACUCUUAGAAACCUGAUUAGUCAUGAGCAGGCGAGUGACUCUGGAUCUUUUUCUUACUCCAAGAUAUUACAGAGUCAUCCUGCUUCAUCAGUAGCUAACAAGGAGAGACAAGCUUACAAGCCCAAACGAGAGGUCGACUCUGUCAGUAAAAAAGAAGUUACUCAGCACACGUUAGCCACUAACAAGGAGUUAAACCAGGAUGUGAGGAAAGUUAAAAACAGCACCAAGAAUGCUGAGAUGUCCAAAACAGGGAGGUCAGAGAAAACAUUUGCAAUCCAUCACAAGCCAGAUCUACACUCCAACAAAACCAGGUUUAAGUCAGGCUCCAGAUCCAGGAGCAGACCUGAUUCGGGUGUCCACACUACAGGUGUACCAGGAAAAGGUUUCAGCGUGGAUUCAAACCGUAAGCUGAACCUCACUGGCAGCUAUGGCGUGCUGAAGCUGCUGUCGAAGGAGAAUCUAGUCAGGAUUGUCAAUUCCCAAAUGCAGAGUGUUCCCAGCCUGAGCUUUCCAAGCAAGGGCAGCCGGAGCAGGAAGAGAGAUUUGAUUGACGUUAAUCACGGACAGUUAGAGGCUCAGAAAGUGCCGAGACAAGAUACGGCUGUCACUCAGUCUCACACUGGAUUUGAUAAUCAGACUGCAUUUCCUUAUGUGAGCCCAGUCACCACUCCAGAUCUUAAUCGGGACCACGGCGCCGACACUCGUAUUAAUCCGCUAAGUGAAGUCAAGCCAGCUUUAAGUAAAGGGCAGGACAACUUGGGAACACAGGGCUCAGAUAGUGACGAUAACAAGAGCAAACACCUCGUCCGUUUACUGUCAACGCCUCACAGCGAGGUCAGUCUUAGCCCCGAGAAGGAAGUAAUGAUCAGCCGAACAGAACCACCAUUUACAUUGACAAAACAUCUCCCUGCGUAUGUUCCCUCUGAAACAAAUGAAUCUCCUCCGUCUGUGCUGACAAUGCAACCCCUGGGAGUGAGACUGGGGAACAGAGCAGCAGAUUCCCAUAGAGACCCAUUAACAGAGUCAGCUCACACUGCUCAAACAGAACUCAGCACAGCUCAGUACCCUGCAGAUGAAGACAACAAACUCGUCAACAGCAGUCAUGUCCUGAGGCUCCACCCUGCUCCCGAAUGGAACCACGGUACAAAAGACGCUGAGAUGCAAGCUGUCGAUCCAGAAAAUGAAAAGGGCCUCGUGUUUGAGGAAGCGGAGUCGGAGGUGGAGGAAGGGGAACGCAUGGAGGGGAAGGGGCCAAGAUCUCGUAGCAGGAGGAGCUGGAUCUGGAACCAGUUCUUUGUGAUCGAAGAAUACGCCGGGCCUGAACCUGUGCUCAUCGGACGGCUCCACACUGACAUGGACAGGAAUGAUGGACGCACUAAGUAUGUCCUGCGAGGCGAGGGGGCGGGCUCGGUCUUCGUGAUAGACGAGAAAACAGGUAACAUCCACGUCACAAAGCCACUGGACCGUGAGGAGAAGGACGAGUACCGUCUCAUCGCCACGGCCACCGACAGGCAGACCGACCGUGCCCUGGAGCCCUCGUCACAGUUCAUAAUUCGGGUGCAGGACAUCAACGAUAACCCGCCUGUCUUUGAUGAAGGCCCCUACAGCGCCACGGUGCCCGAGAUGGCAAAUAUAGGCACGUCUAUAAUCCAGGUGACAGCAACAGAUGCUGAUGACCCGACAUAUGGGAACAGCGCCAAGCUAGUGUACACACUGGUACAGGGCCAGCAGUACUUCUCUGUGGAUCCCCAGACAGGUAUUCUACGUACAGCUGUGCCUGACAUGGACAGAGAAACCCAGGACCAGUACCUGGUGGUGCUGCAGGCCAAAGACAUGGGGGGCCACCUGGGAGGACUAUCUGGGACCACCACCGUCACUGUCAGGCUCACCGAUGUCAAUGACAACCCUCCUCGCUUCACUCAGAGUAUGUGGUCCUUCUCCGUCUCCGAGCUGGCCAUCCCGGGCGCCGAAAUCGGGCGAAUCUCCGCGACUGACGCCGACUUGGGCGAGAACGCCAAGCUGGACUAUACCAUCCUGGAGGGCGAGACGGGGGACACGUUCAACAUCACCGGAGUGAACCAAGAGGCCGUCAUCACACUCAACAAGGCGGUAGACUACGAGAGCCGGAGCUCCUACUCCUUCUCUGUGGAAGUCCUUAACCCCAUAGUGGACCCUCGCUUCCUGCGUCGAGGCCCCUUUAAAGACAGGGCUUCGAUCCGAGUGGCAGUCCUGGAUGCCGAUGAGCCUCCGAGGUUCUCCCGGGCCCGAUACCACAUGGACGUUUCUGAGAACUGCCCGCCGGCCUGCACUGUUGGCCGUGUCAGCGCUGUGGACCCUGACACCGGUUUAACCAAUAAUAUCAGGUUCUCCAUUGAUCCUCAGUCGGACCCAGAGGCUCUGUUUCGUAUCACCCCAGACACCGGCCUCAUCACCACGGCCAUGGAGCUGGACCGGGAACGUGAGCACUGGCACAACAUUACAGUCAUCGCCACCCAGAGAGAUAAUCCCAGCCAGGUGUCCAGAGUUCUGGUUGCAAUUGAGACCUUAGAUCUGAAUGACAAUGCACCUGAGCUGGACAGACAGUACACCACUGCCAUGUGUGACUCAUCCUCCAUCGGGCAGGUGGUGCAGGUGUUGCGGGCGAUUGAUAGAGAUGAGGGAGGGAAUGACAGCACCGUGUAUUUCAGCAUCCCUCCAGAGUCCAGUGCUGCCCUCAACUUCAGCGUCAGGGACAGUGGUGGCCCCACAGCCAGCCUGGUGCUGCUGUCCCAGCUCCAGCCGCUGUCCCGAUCCCCGUCCUCCACCCUGACACUCCACGUGCCGCUGGUCCUCAGGGACGGGACGUCGGGCCUCACCAGCACCGGGACGGUCACCGUGUCCGUCUGUCCCUGCCUGAGAGGAGGGGCAAGGGCCGGGGAGAAAGAGAAGGACAAACAGACGGAGGGCGAGUGGGACUGGGAAAGAGAGGCGGUGUGUCUCCCUCAGCAGUCCACACUGCCUUCACCUGGACUCAGUACCGCCGCCCUGCUGGCUAUCCUGGCUUGUGUCGCUACACUACUGGCGGUGAGUGCCCUGUCAUUGUCGCUGCGCCGUCAGAAGCGUGACUCUCUGUCGCCACUGGAAGAGGACGACGUGCGCGAGAACAUCAUAACAUAUGACGACGAGGGCGGAGGCGAGGCCGACACAGCCGCCUUUGACAUCGCUGCCCUGCAGAGCGCUCCACACAGCUCCCGCUCACGUGGUUACCGCACUCUGGACAGCAGGAAUGUUCGCUACACCCAUCGUGGUCAAGAAAAAGCUCGCACCUACAGCUGGGCUCAGAAUCAGGGUGUGGAUCACAACUACUCAGGACCAGGAGGACCCCUUUAUGGUCGUCUCUGCUACAGCAGCCACACCUUACCAGUUCUCCGACGCACUCCAGGAGGAACAUUCGAGCCGGGCUUGGCAGAGCUGGCGUACCGCUUCCCUGGAGGUCAGCCAGACCACUCCUUGGUCAUCCAGAACCAGGGGGCCAUGGUCGGGCCCAUGGAGUCUGGGGCGGUGUACAUAGCCCCCACAGACCUGAGCACGGGGAGCCGAACGGGGAGUCGCACAGGAAGUCGCGAUGGGACUGCACCCCAAAGUGGGGUGAGCACGUCGGACGGAGGGACACCGAGAACCACUGACAGCCAGGAGAGAGGAGGAGGGACGGGAACUGCGAGCAACUGUACAGAGGGCAGCAGUGAGGACAAAGUCAACCACAGUCAAGAUGUGGACUGGUCCCGAACUGAAACCGCUCGUGCUCGCCUACGUUCCCUCCAGGUGCAGUCGGAGACGUUACCCAGGGAGCAUAACCUUGUCAUGACCCGAUCCGGCUCCAUGAUCGGCCAAGGUCACGGCGUCGGAGGCUGGGUGUGCGACUCGGCUACCCUCCCCUUGGCGGGACGCAGGGCCUCCCGAUCCGGUUUGUCCCCCAGACGCACAGGCUCCAGUGUGGCUGAAUCUGACUCCAGCGGAGGAGGAGGAGGAGGAGGAGGGAGUGGAGGUGGAAAUGGAAAUGGCGGAACCUCCACAGAUGGACAACAGCAACCUGCAAGUGGACGCAACUAUGCCACAGUCCUGCAGGGCGAGGUGUCUGGACAGAGGGACUAUCCCGGCACUCUAGGGAGAGGAGGACUGGAGAUGGGGAGCAACUUUGUGGUGGCGAGGCCAGACAGGGAGAACGGAGGAAUAUCACUGGCCGGGACUCCGUCGGUGUACCCGGAAGCAGCUGGCUUUAUUGGGGACUGGCGCGAUCGAGUGGGUCUGGGAGGGUAUGUUUUGGGCAGGAGGGAUAUGACCCCGCAGAUUUUAUCCUUCCCAGGGCAGCCUCGGGGAGCGUACGGCGGAGUGAUGGGCUUCGGGGCCAACUGGGUUCCAGGAAUGGAGGCGGCAAGAGGGACACCCGGGACAGGGGGUCCCUCCUUGGCAUUGAGGGUGGGUGAGUUCCUUCGUCUACGUCUUGCCCAGGUCACGUUUGACCCCUCGCAGCCGCCGUACGACUCUGUGCAGGUGUACGGCCUGGAGGGGACAGGAUCCAGGGCCGGAUCCCUGAGCUCGCUAGAGAGCGAAGGGGAGAAGGAUACAGAGAAGGAAGAUUGGGGAGCAGGGCUGGAAGAGUGGGGUCCCCAGUUCCACAAAUUAGCCCAACUCUUCAAAGACAGGGAGAAAGAGAGGGAAGAUAAGGAAAAAGUUGAGGAGGGUGCCAAAAAGGAGAAGGAAACGGCAGAGGAGCCCGAGAAGAAAGAGAAAAAAGAGGGAGGAGAUCAGGCUGGAGAAGACUGAGAGAGGAUGAAAAUGACACAAAUAGGGGUAAAGGGGUAAGAGAGGAAGGGAGGGAAUAGGAGGAUGAUGAAAAGGCAACUAGAGCUAGAAUAAUGUGAAGAGAAGUUAAAGGGGAGAAAGAUGAAGAGGCAAAGUAAUAAAAAGAGACAGAGAAAAAUGAGCCUAGGGAGGAUGGAGAAUGCGAGGGCAGGGGAGGGAGUGAUUGAUGUAAUUUAAAGCAAUAAGUGUUGAAACGCUGAUAUGGUUGAGCACAGAUACUGAGACAAUGCAGAGGCUGCUUCUGCUCGGGGCAGCAACAAUUUGUUAAACGCUUUGGACAAAGAAAAACAACCCAAACAUCCAAGACUCGAUUUAAUUCAGCGCUCACGUAUGGAAUAAGAAACAGCAGGAAACAAGGAGGAAGACGUCUCUCGUUCUUGUGUGUUGACCUGAUCUUCACGUCAGCGUGUAUGUUCGUAUGUGAGGGGAUGUGUGAGCACAAAAAGGCAUAAAUGAACUUGUAUGUGUGAGUGUGUGUGUCUGUGUGUAUGUAUGUGUGUUUGCAUAUUUAACAGAGACUGAACAAAAGAGUCAGAGAGAAAUCACAAUUCCCAGAGACAACUUAAAGACAACAUUAAUGCUAUGCGCCGCAUAAGCUGCGGCAUUAGUUUUUUGGGACAAGUGUGCAAGAACAAACAUUUAACAUGGAAGUUCAGGAAGUAGGAUAACACACGGGGGAAUAAAACUGAUGUUUGACUAUAAAGAGAAUAGGAUGACGAGGAUGUAUAGAGAGAGAAUCGGUCUUGGAAGUGAGACGAUUGUACAGAAACUGUUUUUAUUCCAUCUGCAGUGGCAGAAAAGUGAAUUAUUCAGCUUGCUACUCCAUUCCAAAUGAAAAUGAUGAAUCAUUUAAAUCCUGCAAAAGAUUCUCCCUCCUCUCAGCCCACAAGGAAAACAGACAUUGUGAAAAAUUUAAAUGAUUUAGGGAUGUGAUCCCCCCCCACCCCUCCUCACCCCCUCCCCUCAUCGCUCUCGUCCCCCCCAGCUUUUUGUAGUCGAGUGUUGGUAUGUUUACAAAGACCCACUCUCACACACUCACACACACACACACACACACACACACACAAACACGCAAAAGAACUGAUUAGUACCACAAGGCUUUGAUUGUACUACAGUAAAUUAUAAAAGCCAAACCAUCCACAAAUAUUCCAUUUACUAUACGGAGCAAUGAUGACUCUAUUAUCGGUCGCUUAAAUGUUUUUAUGGAAGAGUUCAGCUAUUUUUUAUUCCCAACCCUCCUCUUUUCCUAAUAGUCUCACUUGACACACCUUAAGGACAAAGUAUGCAUGACAUAUGAGAACAACAAAGUGGCAAUCAGUCCCCACUCUGAACAUUCAUAGUGCCCAAAUGAAAAUUUUCCACACAUCUGUAAUGAAAUUGUAGGGGAACAACGCCACAGAGACACCCGCAGCAGGCUUUUUGUUCUUGUUAAAGGUCAGGAUGCAAAUGAGCUGGAGUUUUCAGCUGGAAUGCACUUUUAUACUGUGUGAUGUUCAAUAAUAGAUAAUGAAUAAUGUCAAAGACUACAGUUGUUUUAUAAGAUGUCAAUUAAAGGAAAAGAUACAAAUGUCUGACUGUAUGUAAAAGCAUUUCAAAUGUAAAUACCACUGAAUAUUAUUGCUAAGAAGAGAGUAUAUAAAAUGAAAAACGAGUACAAAAAAACAAAGCAAAAAAAAAAAACAGAACUUAGAUGUCCAAAUGGAGCACUGUCGGGACUAUCUGUAUGUACUGUAGAUUAGAAAUGGAUUUACUGAGCUGGACUUUAACAGCCUCCUGGACUGAAAACAACACCAUGUAUUCAACAUCUGUGUUUGGGUUUGUUGUGUGGUAGCUCUUCGUCUGAGAUGGACAAGCCAAGGAUUCAAUUAUACAUGUGGCCUCUGGCAGAAGUUUGUUGUGCAAAAUUUUAGUUGCAGGAAGCCUGUGAGCUCGCCUGUCCUCGUGAACAGCCAAUUUGAUGAAAAUCAAAUGGAGUGAGGAGAAAUUCCCCUAUAAGGCGUACAAAGCAAACAAUAUAUAUAUAUAUUUUUUCCUGAAAAUCUGGAUUAUUAUUCUGCAAAAGUAGAACAAAAAUGGAAUUUGUAAUGAGUUUUGUAUUGCCUGAGAGACAUGGAGGUUUUACAGAUGGUUACUUCUCUUUAGAAAUGUAAUAAAGUCUACAUCAAGGAAAAGUGACUUCUUUCAUCUUUCGUGCAUUUCAGGCAAUACAGCUCAAAUACCAAAUAAUACUGCUUUUUUUCUUGGCCUUAGCAAAUACUCUUAUUUUGCAGAAUAGUAAUUGAACCUUCAAAUUUAUUGAAUUUUCCUGAAAACCUAAUUUCUUUGAGUCCAGAGAGGAUUUUUUUGCCACAUAUCUUAGCUUGAAUGUGGAUGUCUUUGGUGCGCCAUCGCAGAAAUGUCACUGUUCUGUUCUCACUGGUCCACUGUAACGUUUCCUCACAAGUCGAGUCAAGCUGCCAGCUUCGUUAGUGUCCACCAGUUUGGUCCGCCAUAAUCUUGUCGUCAUGGUCUUUCCACUGUCAACACCUAAUCAAUCAGGAAGUCGGGCUGCUUUCACUCAAUAAAAUGAAACCCAUUGACACCUCUGUACUCUGUACCUGAGCCACAGACUUGCCCACACAGUGCCACUGUGCAAACUGGACGGUAUCAGGACCAAUGUACAAAAACUGCACAAUACUUGGAGAGGAGUGGAGGCGGUGCAGAACCUCAGGGAGGACUGAGUUAUGAUCAGUUUGGGCUAAUUAACAAUAUCUCAACUCUCUACAUUUGAACAAACCUUUUUUUCAGUUAUGUAACGUUGAUUAAAAAUUCUGAAGGCUGUUAGACACUUAAGGGAUGAUUCUGGUUUAUUACAAAGUGGAGCUUCUUUGAAUCAUUUCUGCCGCACUUCCUAUCAGUAGUUAUAACACUAUAGGCAGCAAGUUAAUUGUUGAGAUCUGAAAGUAAAUGAAAUUGCUAAAAAGAAUUCUAAUGGGGCAACAAACACAAACUUACUUGGAAAAAUGUAAAUUCAGCUGUUGCGCGAUGUAAUGUUCUCAUUGAUGUUUAAACAUUUGUUAAUUAAUCAUAAUAAAAAGCAUCUCCAGUGAUGAUCACAUGGAAUGUGUCGGUCAGAUCUUCCUCGUCUGAGUGAGUGACGGAGCAGAACCCAGGUUUCCCGAGAGAAUUUGAAGCAAACUUUUGAAAUGUUACGAAAAAUUAAUCAAAACAAAGCAAAAGAAAGUGCAUUAGGCCUGUUUUCAUUGAUCACUUUGUAAUGAAAAUAAAUAAAAAAUAGGCUGUUUAGUGUCAUCAGAAGGUGCCAGUAUAGGCUAUAUUAUGCAUGGCUGCAAUAAGCAGAGCAGAAGAAACCAGAAACAAAACCAAUGACAUCCCCAAUGCUCAUCCUACCACACUAUGUAAUACCCGAGAAAAAAAAUGUACAUUUCGUCUCAAUACAUAAUAUAUCAAAUGCCCCAAAUACCAGGAUGUCCAGGUAUAUUCUCUCUCAUUUUGCUGUAUGCAAGCUAAGCAUGCUUCUCUGGCCUUUCUGACCCACAAUCCUCUGUGCAGCAUGAGAUAUAUCGCAUACAUCAAGCAAUAAACUUGAGACGUCGAAAGUGCACAAGCAGCUUCUUUCACAUUGCAGACUGUGACAGAUCUAGAAGCAAGAUGGUCAAAGGUAAAGGCACGAUUUAAAGAUGUAAUGGUGUAUUCCAACUGCAUCAUACUAUGAGCGAUAUUACAUACUUUGUAAAGGCACCUGUAGUACAUACUGAGAGGGAAAUGAAAAUAAUGCAAUUUGGAAAUCUUGUAGAAGAAGAAACAAAAUAAAGGUUGCCAUUUUUCUUUCGUGUCAGUUGGUAUUGUCCAUGUUUCAUGCUCUCCAGCAAAUAAGACAAUGGAAAAAAAGCAGAAACUAUCAUUCAUGUGAAUUGAAUGUUCACCAGAAGUAUUUCAAAAAGGUGUUUUGAUCACCCAUUUUGCGUAAAAACUCUUUUUCAAACAAACAUCUUAAGUCAGCGUAAAAUUUUCUUGUGAAAUUGGGGACGUUUUUUUGAAACUUGCCAUUUCCUUGCAAAUUUCUGAUGUAAUACUUUCAACGUGAUUAUGGAAACGUAGCUAGUCUGAGUGAACCCUAUGAAGAGGAUCAGACUUUGUCUCCUUCAUAGUCCAGCUAUGUGCUUCCACCAGUGUUCAUUAACUCAUAUUCGUUAGCUGGCUAGCUGCGCUGUUGAUGUUUUGCCAGUUGCUAAACAGUUUCAUGUGCAAUACCACCUCCGCUGGGUUGGGGGAUGCCUGACCCUGAUUUGCAUGUAGCUCGGGGGCCAAAACAGAUUGUAAUCAGAUGUUAGUGUAAAUGAGAGAAGCUUAAAUGAAAAGGUGCAAAUGAGGCUGUAGGGGGUGUUCCCAUUUGGUUUUACAUGCCUUUUGAUCUUGCCCUAUUUGACUUUGUUGCAGCAAUGUUUCCGAGUUCCCAGCAAUUAGUCUGGUGUGUACAAUGAACUAACAGAAAUGAUGUCAAAAACUACAAUUACAAGACUCAAGUUGGGACAAACCAGGAUUUUCCUUCAAAAAAAUGAAAAUGACAGCUUAAAAUUACUUCAAUUUCACUGGUACAAAUUAAAUGACCGCUGAAGAAUGAGCAUUGUUGACAGCACAAAUGUGUUGCUUCACCAAUACACUAUCUGUGCAUUGUUUUCCUUUACAUUUAUGUAUAAUGUGCCAACUUGACUCAACACACGCACACACGCAUUAUACCAAUCCCCACUUUUAUUACAGUAUUGACGAUUCUUUGGCAGCCAUUGCAAAAGCAAUUAGCAUGGUAUACCAACAAGUGACCUUUCUCGCCGUUCUAAUUAUAUGGUUUAUUCCACAGUCUUGAUUGGCUCCAGGUGUCUCAUCUUUGCUGAUUCAAAGCUCGGCAUUGGCUGAUUGGUCAAAAUCAAAGUGAUAAUUCUCCUGAUUUGUCUUAUUUCAGAGUUCUGGAGUGCUGUGCCGACUAAACCACUUGACAGAGCUGAUUAUCCCACCUCCUGAGCCCAGCAAAUUGGUUCAAUCAAAAGCGUGAUUUGUUGAAUCAGUUGUUUUAAAUAGAAUAAAAGCCUGCAGUCUCUGCAGCCCUCCACAGAUCUUUCUCAGUCUUUUAGCUAGCUUCGAUGCACCAACAGAUGAAAGUGGUCGACCAAUUGCGAAGUCCUCUGCAGAAAAUAGCUGCAUACUGAGCACAGUGAAGCCCCACUCAAAUGACAAGAGCAGCUCCCUAACUAUCCAGACAUAUAGUGACUGCAUAUGUUGCUUAAAGGCUAAAAGUGACCUCUGCUCCUCUUCUUGACCCUCAACAGGUAGACCCCCUAUUGGUUCUGCACCUCCUCCCCUCGGUGACUUCAUUGCUCCUGCACGAUGUUGAUACAAUUUCACAAUUGCGUGCUGAACAAAGUGUAUUUAUUUCUGUUGUACUUUUUCUUUUUGUAAAUUUGAAUAAAAAAGGAACUAUUUCAAA